AUGACUCAGUUAGCACUGUCUGCUGCACAGUGGGAUUAUGGGAUUUAUGUUUGGCUGUCCUCUCAGUGUGUCCUCUCAGACUGUCCUCUCAGUGUGUCCUCUCAGACUGUCCCCUCAGUCUGUCCUCUCAGUGUGUCCUCUCAGGCUGUCCUCUCAGUGUGUCCGCUCAGGCUGUCCUCUCAGUGUGUCCGCUCAGGCUGUCCUCUCAGUCUCUCCUCUCAGUUUGUCCUCUCAGUCUCUCCUCUCAGUUUGUCCUCUCAGUGUGUCCUCUCAGACUGUCCUCUCAGUGUGUCCUCUCAGACUGUCCUCUCAGUGUGUCCUCUCAGACUGUCCUCUCAGUGUGUCCGCUCAGGCUGUCCUCUCAGUGUGUCCUCUCAGACUGUCCUCUCAGUGUGUCCUCUCAGGCUGUCCUCUCAGUCUCUCCUCUCAGUUUGUCCUCUCAGUGUGUCCUCUCAGUGUGUCCUCUCAGGCUGUCCUCUCAGUGUGUCCGCUCAGGCUGUCCUCUCAGUCUCUCCUCUCAGUUUGUCCUCUCAGUUUGUCCUCUCAGUGUGUCCUCUCAGACUGUCCUCUCAGUGUGUCCUCUCAGUGUGUCCUCUCAGGCUGUCCUCUCAGUGUGUCCUCUCAGUGUGUCCUCUCAGACUGUCCUCUCAGUGUGUCCUCUCAGACUGUCCUCUCAGUGUGUCCUCUCAGGCUGUCCUCUCAGUCUCUCCUCUCAGUUUGUCCUCUCAGUGUGUCCUCUCAGUGUGUCCUCUCAGACUGUCCUCUCAGUGUGUCCUCUCAGACUGUCCUCUCAGUGUGUCCUCUCAGGCUGUCCUCUCAGUGUGUCCUCUCAGACUGUCCUCUCAGUGUGUCCGCUCAGGCUGUCCUCUCAGUGUGUCCUCUCAGUUUGUCCUCUCAGUGUGUCCUCUCAGACUGUCCUCUCAGUGUGUCCGCUCAGACUGUCCUCUCAGUGUGUCCUCUCAGACUGUCCUCUCAGUGUGUCCUCUCAACUCCACCAAGAAGCUGAAGGAUGUGCUGCAGGAGUUCCAUGGCGACGGAGUGUUGGCCCAAUACAACCCUGAGAAGAAGCAGGAGAUCCUCAACCAGGAGGUGGACUAUGAGGGCUUCAGGGUGUUCAUGCAGACGUUCCUGGAGAGCGAGCUGCCGGAGGACUUCUGUCAGCAUCUGUUCCUGUCCUUCAGAGACAAGGGCCCCAAACCCAGCCCCUCCACCGCAGACAAGCACAGGGUCCCCGGACUGAAGCUGAUAAAAGGCAGCUCCACGCCCCUGAGGACCCCCACCACAACCCCGCAAACCCCACAGACUCACCAGCCCCCCACGACCCGGGACACUGUCCAGCUGAAGGACAUCGUGUGCUACCUGUCCCUGCUGGAGGGAGGACGGCCGGAGGACAAACUGGAGUUCAUGUUCCGCCUCUAUGACACGGACGGGAACGGCUCACUGGACAGCUCGGAGCUGGAGCACAUCAUAUCACAGAUGAUGCAUGUGGCCGAAUACCUGGAGUGGGAUGUGACCGAACUCAAACCUAUCCUCCAGGAGAUGAUGCAGGAGAUCGACUAUGACCGCGAUGGGACAGUGUCUCUGAAGGAGUGGAUCCAGGGAGGAAUGACCACCAUCCCUCUGCUGGUGCUGCUGGGCCUGGAGACGAAUGUGAAAGAUGACGGGCAGCACGUGUGGAGGCUCAAACACUUCAACAAGCCGGCCUACUGCAACCUGUGUUUGAACAUGCUCAUCGGGCUGGGCAAGCAGGGCCUGUGCUGCUCCUUCUGCAAGUACACUGUGCACGAGCGCUGUGUGUCGCGGGCCCCUCCGUCAUGCAUCAAGACCUACGUCAAGUCCAAGAAGAACACCGAGGUCAUGCACCAUUUCUGGGUGGAAGGGAACUGCCCCACCAAGUGCGACAAGUGUCACAAAACCAUUAAGUGUUACCAGGGCCUGACCGGGCUGCACUGCGUGUGGUGUCAAAUCACGCUCCAUAACAAGUGUGCGUCCCACGUGCGUCCCGAGUGCGACUGCGGCCCGCUGAAGGACCACAUCCUGCCCCCCAGCUCCAUCUGCCCCGUGGUUCUGGAAAGGCAGUCGACGCUGAGGAAAGACUCACGCUCCAGCCAGUCCAGCAGAGGGAAGAUGCAGAGGGCCAACUCUGUGACGGUGGACGGACAAGGCCUCCAGAUCACAACAAUAGAGGGCACUCAUCCUCUGCUCGUGUUCGUCAACCCCAAGAGCGGGGGCAAGCAGGGGGAGCGGAUUUACAGGAAGUUUCAGUAUCUGCUGAACCCAAGACAAGUGUACAACCUGGCCAAGAACGGACCUAUGCCUGGGUUGAACUUCUUCCGCGAUGUCCCUGACUUCCGAGUGCUCGCCUGCGGAGGGGACGGCACCGUUGGCUGGAUCCUGGACUUCAUCGAUAAGGCCAACCUGGAGCGGAACCCCCCCGUGUGCAUACUUCCCCUUGGCACGGGCAAUGACCUGGCACGCUGUCUGCGCUGGGGAGGAGGCUACGAGGGGGAGAGCCUGCUGAAGAUCCUCCGUGACGUGGAGAACAGUUCGGAGGUGUUGUUGGAUCGCUGGAGGAUCGACGUGACCCCCACAGAUAAGGAGGAGCAAGGAGACCCCGCCCCCUACAGCAUCAUCAACAACUACUUCUCCAUCGGAGUGGACGCCUCCAUUGCACAUCGUUUCCAUGUGAUGAGGGAGAAACAUCCAGAGAAGUUCAACAGCAGGACAAAGAACAAGCUAUGGUAUUUUGAGUUUGGCACCUCUGAGACCUUCUCAGCCACGUGCAAGAAGCUCCAUGACUUUGUAGAGGUGGAGUGUGACGGAGUGACCCUGGACCUGAGCACCAUCUCUCUGGAGGGCAUAGCCGUCCUGAACAUUCCCAGCAUGCACGGCGGCUCUAACCUGUGGGGUGAGAGCAAGAAGAGGAGGGGCCACCGCAAAGGGGCCAAGAAGAGUCAGGACAAGAGGGCCCCCGUGCUGGACCCCAAGGAGCUCAUGUUCGCUGUUCAAGAUGUGUCGGACGGGCUGCUGGAGGUGGUGGGGCUGGAGGGGGCCAUGGAGAUGGGUCAGAUCUACACUGGUCUGAAGAGUGCAGGGAGACGCCUGGCCCAGUGCUCCUCUGUCACCAUCAGAACCAGUAAGUCCCUGCCGAUGCAGAUUGAUGGAGAGCCCUGGAUGCAGACUCCCUGCACUAUCGAGAUCGUGCACAAGAACCAGGCCCCGAUGCUGAUGGGCACCCCUCACAGCCGCAGCUUCUUCUCCUCGAUCCUGCGCCGCACCCGAAGCGAGAGCAAGGACUGACCCUCUACGCAAGCUACUCCGAGCUAACUCUGAGCUAACCUUAGCCCAGCCACGGACAACCAUUUACCCCGAGAGAGGGAGUGGAGCGGCCGCACACACCACCCCGCUGACAGAGGGCCGAACGUGGGCACCUCUGAGGAGAGAGUACCCCCUGCCCUGGGAGUGACAGGAGGGGCACUGCCAGCCGACGCUUGACCCAGUCUUGUUGACCUGCUACAUCGCUGUUACCGACCUCUUUUAUAUAAGCUUGUGAUUUGUGCCAUGUGGAGCAAACCCACCGAUGCUAAAGAAUGU